GCAGACAGGCUGGACAGGAGCAGCAGGCCCAGACCAGAACAAACAGCACCUCCUCCUCCAUGUAGGGCACAGCCAUCUGCACCGCCCCUCCUCUGCUCCACCGACUGAAUACUUUCAUAUUUCAGACAUUCAGUCAGUCUGUGAGGGACAUAAAUAAUCUGAAGGUUUGGGGGAAAAAAUGCGUCUGUUCGCCUGCGCGUCUCCGGGUCUGAGCGGGGAGACGCUGCGCCACAGUCCCGGCUGAGAGCGCGUCAUCCCGGCGGAGCUCUCCUCCUCCUCCUGCUGCUCCUCCUCCUCCUCGUUCCACAACAUCGGUGCUGAAAAAUUAUUCUAUAAAAAAAAAAAAAAAAAAAUCAUCGUUUCUCGUCGGGAUGCCAACUUCCCACUGAAGUCACAUUGAGAUUCUCUGGAGUGCUGUCCAUCAUAUCUUGAAAACCCUGAUCUGCUCAUUGCUUUCUGUUUAUGUUGUAAAAGCUCUUCAACACCCAACAAUACCCACAGAGGUGUCAAUAUUUCCUGAUUCACCAAGACAGCCCUCCCAGCAGUCCCUUGGAAACAGACUGGUUUCUAUUCUUUCUAAUUUUUUACUCUCUCCCUCCUGCUUCUCAACGAUCUGGUUGCAGUUCUGCAUUUUGUGCUUUCAUCCCCACCAUGGCUUCUCCCAAGCUGGGGUUAUCAGCCACUACCACUACCUCCUCUUCUCCCUUAUCAUCUUCAGCCUUGCCAUGUCCUCCACUACACCCAGGAAGCCCCAGUCAGGUACCUGAUGGUCCCCCAAGUCCUGUUACUCCCAUUCCAAGCCCAGGAUUGACAUCUGCCUCAGCUGCACCUGUUAGGACACAGCUGAGUAUUGCCCUGAUCCUGGAGGAGCUCCGGGUGCUGCAGCAACGACAGAUCCACCAGAUGCAGAUUACAGAGGAGAUCUGUAGACAGGUGCUACGCCUUGGUGGGGACUCCUAUAGCAUAGACACACCAUCCCAGUAUCUCCUCCCUCCCUUGCCACAGCUCUGCUUGGAAGGCAGCAAAAACACAUCUCAGCCAGCUGCAACUCAGCCCUCCACCACUGUGACUCCUCUCUUGGCAUGUUUCUCCUCCAUGCUUCCCUCUCAGACAUCCAACAAACCCACACAACCAUGCACAUCCUUGUCUCAGAUUUUGCAGCCUCACAAAUCACAGGUGGAAGGAGCAAAGGGAACUGCAGUCACACACGGUCAUUCAUGGGAAAGCUCUCCAUGUUCCCCACCCUUCACCUCCUCUGCAGGCAGCUCCAUGUCUUCCUCUACCUAUCCUCUGGCUCUAGCUGUACCCAAUCGAUAUCUUCACGAGAAAUCUCCUAACACCACUACAGGGAGUGGGCAGUGUGACAUAUCCUUCCUAAAUGCAUCCAUCCCCACACCAUUAUCCAUUAUACCAAGCUCCCAACGGGUACUACAGUCCGUCUCUGGUGGUAUUGACUUCUCUGCAUCUAGUUCCAAUACCGCUGGCCGUCUCCAGCAUGUGUGUCGUUUUUGUAGAAAAAUCUUCAGCAGUGAUUCUGCCCUGCAGAUCCAUAUUCGCUCACACACAGGUGAACGACCCUACCAGUGUCCAGUGUGCCUCAGUCGUUUUACCACAAGAGGCAACCUGAAGGUGCACUUCCUUCGUCACCGUGAACAAAACCCAGAGCUCUCCCUUUCACUUCUUCCACCAUCAUUAUUUGGGGUAGCGUUAGGGGCCACCGGGGUAUCAGAUAUAGGACAGAUCAUUAACAGUGAAACUAGUACUAGUGGAAUGAAUAUUACACAAAAGAAGCCAAAAACCAGGGCUGAGGAUGAAAGAUGCAAAGAUAACUUGGAGGUCAGUGGAACUAACAGUGGACUUUCUGUUGGAACCUCUGAAGAAUCAACUCCUUCUUCUCUGCCUCUUCCUCCCAGUGUGGAUUUAUCUCUUAUUUCUCACUCUCUCCUGCAGCUAAACAGGGCGGUUGCUGCUGCAGCCUCAAUUGCCUCCUGUUCAGCACAGUCAUCCUCUUCCUCUGCAACUUCCACCUCCUCUUUGGCUACCUCCCUUCUCUCAAGCCCUUCCUUGUCUUCCUCUUCUACCUUUGCUGGGUUAUUCAAAGGUGCCAAACAGCAACACUUUGAUGAAAACACUCCACCUCAUGCACCACUGCUGCCUCCUGCAGCUUAUUCUCAGUUAGCCCACCUCCCAAAGCUUCUAUUUCCAACUACUUCUACUUCUUCCUCUUCCCAAACUGCUAACUCACCUUUGUACAGCCAUCCAGCAUUGGGCUUGCUACGCACCCAGCUACCUUCUGUUGUAGGCUCCCAACAACAUACUUCCAGUCAUUCCCAAUUUUCUUUUCCUGCUUCUUCCUUUCCCAAAAUUCUUGGUCAGCCCACUACCACCCUUCCAUCUUUUCUGCCCUCCUCUGUAACUACUGCUACUCCUACAUCUGAAACCUCAAAGCUGCAGAGACUGGUGGAAAAGCUAGAAAAGGCCCCUCCACUCUCCUCUUCUCCGUGGACUUCGUCCACUGCUACCACUUCCAUGCUUGAGAUUUUAUCUGGUAGUCCUAAGUCCUCUUCUAUAAGUUCAGCCAACAGCCAUUUCACAAAUGCCAACACCUCCACCACAUAUGUUGUGGCAUCUCCAACUUCAAAUGUUGUUUCUACCUCUGUUUCACAGUUCACCCGUGAAAUGGUUGUCGCCCUAGGAAUGAGCAGCAGUGGAGCAAAGGCAAUGCCUGGCUCCAACUCUCCCAUCGCCAAUGUCACGUCCUGA